AUGGCCGAAACUGUCCAAGUCAAUGUGCACGCAGAACUGAGAAAACCGGCACCCAUCACCUAUUAUCUAACUAUGUACUCAAUUACCCAGAUGCAAAAGGCUGAAAAACAACGCAAAUCGAUCAACGCAUUCUUGGUGCUUUCUCCUGAGCUCGAGUUCGACACAAUCAAAGCACAAAUUCUUGAAAAGAUCUCCGAGGGUUUGAAACCGAAGACAAUCACCUUUGAACACUACUCUGUCGCAUGGACCAUACCACGGACUCAAGCAUCUUCUAUGCCAUUGUGUUCACCUACUGACUAUCAAUUUCUCCUCGACCUCGCAUCGAAGCAAAAGACUCCCUCAGUAAAUCUGGUGAUCAAGGCUCGUCUACUGAAAAAUAAGAAGAAUAGCAAGGACUCAGAUGAGGAGAGCCAAGAUAGCGAGAGUGAGAAUAGUGAUGCUGGCGACGAAGAUGAGCGGCCGAAAAAGAAAUCCAAGGCUGAGGUAAGUGGUGUUUUGAGUCUUUCAUACCCAAAUGAUACCGCACUCAAUGUGAAGAUAAACUCGAAAAUUCAGCUUCUCCAGAAUCGCUGGAUGCGUUCAAAAGUGGGAUGCUCCUCGGACCAUUGUUUCGUGCACCCGGAGCGCUCUGAUCACUUUCCACUUGGGCAUGAACACUUCGCUGUGUGGGCAGCUGCCUGGAACAAGGAUGAUAGUCUCGCGAACUUGGAAACACCACCCAACCACCAUAAGUUCAACAUGAUACCAGGUCAUCAACUCGAUGAACUGUCUCCACUGCUUCAGCGUCGCCUCACGAAUCGUAACCAACCAACUGCUGGCAACUCAACCGCUCCAGUCUUCAACUUCAACAUCCCUCCAGAAUUACUCAACGUGUUUCGCCCCACGAAUGUGCAACCAACUGAGGAACGUGCCCCCCCUACGAUGCAAGAUCAACACUUUCUUUUCCAGCCUGGUUCACGUCAUGGCCCUGACCUCUCCCUGGACGAUUUCUGUACUUCGUACAAGCUUAGUGAUGGGAUCCGAACGAGGCUGCAUGAAAACGGCUAUACGAGUGCGGAGACACUGACCUUCAUUGUAGUUCCAGAACUGCGGGAGAUGGGUUUCAAAUUUGGUGAGAUUGCUGCAAUGAAAGCGGCUAUGAGACAUUGGGGCCAGUGA